AUGGGCAGAAUUUGCAAUCUCCUCUUUGCUCUUGCAAUUUGCAAUCUACUACUACAUCAAAGUACUUCACUUGCUAAUGUUAUUAAUAUUAACACUGAUAAAGCUUCUCUUCUUGCAUUGAAAUCUCACAUUUAUUCUGAUCCUAACAACAUCUUAGCUAACAACUGGUCUUCUUCCGUCCCAGUUUGCAGCUGGAUUGGAGUUACUUGUGGCUCCCGUCACCAUCGAGUCACUGCUUUAGACAUUUCUAGCAUGCAACUUCAUGGUACCAUUCCUCCACACAUUGGAAACCUUUCAUUUCUCGUCUCCCUCGACAUCAGUGACAACACUUUCCAUGGGGGUUUGCCGGAAGAGUUUGCUCAUUUACGAAGGUUGAAAGUCAUUAGUGUCGCAAGCAAUAACUUCACUGGAGCCAUUCCACCAUUUUUAAGUUUGUUACCGAACCUACGCUUUCUGUACCUCUGGAGCAACCAAUUUUCAGGGAAAAUUCCAUCUUCCCUUUCCAAUCUAACAAAGUUGGAAGUGUUGAGCUUGCGGAAUAAUUUUCUCGAAGGAGAGAUCCCUCGAGAAAUCGGUGAUCUUCGCUACCUGACUUUUUUAGACCUUCAAGAUAAUCAGCUUACUGGCUCUAUACCAACAUCAAUCUUCAACAUUACGACGAUGCAAAAUAUUGGUCUUAGCAAUAACAAUCUUACUGGUAAGCUUCCAACAACUAUUUGCGAUCAUCUUCCACACUUAGAAGGACUUUACAUCUCAAAAAACUACCUAAGUGGUGUUAUUCCACCAACCCUGGAGAAAUGCAGAAAUCUUCAAGUCUUGUCAUUGUCGCUGAAUGAGUUUACUGGAACUGUACCAAGAGAGCUAGCCAACUUAACAGCUCUUACAAGAUUAUAUAUUGCAACUCUGCAUUUGGAAGGAGAGAUACCAGCGGAGCUAGGUAAUCUUGAGAAACUACAGAGGCUGAUAUUAGCCGAGAACGGGUUCACUGGUUCUGUCCCUGCAAGCAUUUUUAACAUGUCAGCACUGAAGAUCCUAGAACUUUCAAUAAACAAUCUCUCAGGUACUCUACCUUCAGAUUUAGGUCGCGGAAUGCCCAAUCUAGAAGGACUUUACUGUGCAGCUACUAAUCUAACUGGUUUUAUCUCUGAUUCAAUCUCAAAUUCUUCGAAACUCAGAGAAAUUGAUCUCACAGUCAACAGUUUCACAGGUCCUAUUCCCGAAUCACUUGGUAACUUAGAAUACCUCGAGAUUCUAGGCUUGCAAACUAAUAAUUUUUUCAGUGAUUCAAAAAUGAGCUUUCUUACAUCAUUGUCAAACUGUAGGAAUCUUAGAGUACUCUGGAUUGGUGAUAAUCCGUUGGAUGGUGUUUUGCCUCCAUCUGUUGGUAAUUUAUCCAAAUCUCUAGAUUCUUUUGAUGGAAAUGGUUGUAAACUUAAGGGUGCCAUUCCUCAAGAAAUCGGUAAUCUUACUGGAAUGACAUCAAUGAGUCUAUAUAACAAUGAGUUGAUAGGACACAUUCCAGACACUGUCCAUGGCAUGCUGAGCCUUCAAGAACUUUAUUUAUUAAGCAAUAAGAUAGAAGGAACCAUACCAGAUGUUAUAUGCAGUUUAAAGAAUCUUGGUGCAUUAGACUUGUCAGAAAAUCAUUUUUCUGGUUCAGUGCCCUCAUGCUUAGGGAAUGUUACUAGUUUGAGGAAACUUCAUCUAGCUAACAAUAACCUGGAUUCUAGAUUACCUUCAAGCUUGGGGAGCCUUCAAGAUCUCAUAGAAUUCGAUAUUUCGUCCAAUUUAUUGAGUGGGGAAAUUCCACUGGAGAGCGGAAACUUAAAGGCUGCAACACUCAUUGAUUUGUCAAGGAAUUAUUUUUCUGGUAAGAUUCCUAGUACUCUAGGUGGUCUAGAUAAAUUGAUUAAUCUUUCUCUAGCACAUAAUAGAUUAGAGGGGCCUAUUCCUGAAUCAUUUGGCAAAAUGUUGUCCUUGGAAUACUUGGAUUUGUCCUAUAACAAUCUUAGUGGUCAAAUUCCAAAGUCAUUAGAAGCUCUUGUGUACCUCAAAAACAUGAAUUUCUCAUUCAAUAAACUCAGUGGAGAGAUUCCCACCGGUGGUCCUUUUGCGAAUGCCACAGGUCAAUCUUUCAUGUCCAAUGAUGCACUCUGUGGUGACUCCCGGUUUAACAUUAAACCAUGCCUGACCAAAUCGGAAAAGAAGUCAAGAAGAAAAAAAGUGCUUAUAGGUUUAUAUAUGAUGUUAGGGAUUGGAUCACUCCUUGCAUUGGCUGUUGGAUAUGUGGUGUUAAGAUCGAGAAAGACAAAGAAAAAUGCAAGUCAAGAAGAUGUAACUCUGGUAAAAGGGCACGGAAGAAUUUCCUAUUAUGAACUUGAACAAGCAACAGAAGGAUUCAACGAAAGCAACUUGCUUGGUAAUGGAAGUUUCAGCAUGGUCUACAAAGGGAUACUUAAGGAUGGUACCCUUUUAGCAGCAAAGGUCUUCAAUGUGCAGUUGGAGGGUGCAUUCAAAAGUUUUGACACAGAAUGUGAGAUACUUCGGAACCUUCGCCACAGAAAUUUGACCAAAGUCAUCACCAGCUGCUCCAACCUUGAUUUCAAAUCCCUAGUGUUGGAAUACAUGCCCAACGGGACCCUUGGUAAAUGGUUAUACUCUCAUAACUUGUUCUUGAACUUACUGCAGAGACUUGAUAUAACGAUAGAUGUUGCGUCUGCAAUAGACUAUCUCCACAAUGGUUAUUCAACACCAGUGGUGCAUUGUGACCUGAAGCCAAACAAUGUCUUGAUAGAUCAAGAAAUGGUUGCUCAUGUAAGUGAUUUUGGCAUUGCAAAAAUGUUAGGUACAGGGGAGGCUUUUGUCCAAACAAGGACAAUUGCAACCAUUGGUUAUAUUGCUCCAGAGUAUGGACAGGAUGGAAUAGUAUCCACGAGUUGUGAUGUUUAUAGUUUUGGCAUUCUAAUGAUGGAGACGUUUACAAGAAUUAGACCAACUGAUGAAACUUUUACCGGAGACUUGACCAUACAACGUUGGGUUAGUGAUUCAAUCCCAAGUGGAAUUCAUAAGGUGGUGGAUUCUAAUUUGAUACAACCAGGGGAUGAACAAAUCGAUGCAAAGAUGCAAUGUUUGUUAUCAAUCAUGGAAUUAGCUUUGAGCUGCACACUAGUGACCCCUGAUGCAAGAAUUAGCAUGGAAGAUGCUCUUUCAACACUGAAAAAGAUUAGGUUCCAGCUUGUCAGUAGUCUGCACUAGGUGGAAUCGGACCCCUGUGUUCUUGUAUGUUAUUUGAUUACCUAUGUCGGUUAGGUUAAGAUUUCAAUUCUGCACAAGUAGUUUUAAGUGUUGUAAUCACUGUUGUAGGAAGCAGCUUGUUUCUUGAUAUAUGUAAAUUUGAUGAUAUAUAAAAGU